AUGGAAGAGGAGGCGACAGAGAAGCUCCUGCAGGAUGAGGGCUUCGAACUGGUAUCGCCCGACAUCGACCGCGGUGCGCACUCAGUCGUAUUUCGCUGCCGCGUGGUGAACACCAGGCGACGCCCGGAAGAUGAGGUCGUUGUGUCCCCCGACGCUGUCCGCGCCAACGGCCUGAACCUCGCUGGCGUCAAGUACCUCUGCAUCAAGGCUGAUGACCGCUCGGUGUACGCCAAGAAGAACGCCACCGGUGUGUGCUGCGUCAAGACCAGCAAGGCUGUGCUCAUCGCCCUCUACGACGAGAAGGUCCAGCCCGGCCAGUGCGCCAACGUGGUGGAGAAGCUCGCCGACUACCUCAUCGCCCAGGGCUACUAA